AUGCAGAAACUGGUAACUGCUGAAGAACUGCAUUCAGUUGAGUUGGUUUUGAGCGUAGGGCCAACAUUGGAAGAAGAUAAAGGGAAAAAACAAACUAGGGGGAGAAAAAACACAAAGCCAAAGCAAGUUCCAAAACAAGUCAUACCAAAAGGUUUAAACGAACUGCUUUACAAGACAAUAGAACAAGCAAGAAUAAGAGGUGAAAAAAGAUGUGCAGAACUUGGAGACAAAUUUUGCUCACCUUACUGCAAUAGAGUGGUGAACAUGCAUGAAGCACUCUUGACCCAAGAAUUGAGUGUGAUCCGCUUCACAUUUGCUACCUUUGCAGACUUGCAAGAAGAGUUUUACCGAUCAAAAACUGAGGUUGCAACAUUCAAUGUUUCAUAG